GCGCUUAUUUCUUUGCAUUAAAUCUUUUCCAUUCAAUUCAAACUUCGACACUCUCAGUCACACACCACUUCGCUCUGUCCUUUAUUUUUCGUCUUGGAGCCCUCAUUUUUCGUCCGAGAUAGCCUUCAUCAACCACAACAACACAGGCAAUUCCUCCACCAUGGCGCAUAUGAACAAGAUAUCUCGCGUCCCUUGGGUUCGACCGCAGAAUCUGCUUGGUUGUGGUCCUCGUCAGCUUGGAGACGAGCAGGAGUCUCUCUUGGACAAGGCGAGCAGUGCAUUUCCCGAUCAAUUCGACGAUGCCUCCGUCGUCGAUGAUUCCUUUGUUGGUGCAGGUGGUGCAGUGCAAGAGAGCGAUAGGCAACUCGUCGUCGGUACUUCUACACAAGGCGAUCAUGCUCCAUUCUACCUUCAUCAUCGUAACCAGCAGCAGCCGUGUGUCUUUUCCGAUUUGUCAAGUGCUGCACCGACAACGACUCGAUUGCACCGCCAACCAGUGGAGCCAAGUCCUUCUCUUGAUCUUUUCGGCAUUGACUACUCGACUCGAGGACAACGUCUACGAAUGGAUGUUCUGCUUCUCGCUGCCGAACAUGAGUUGACUCCAAACCCCUAUCGCACCGGAGACUCGAGCAUCUUGCCAAGGCUUUCGCGGGACCGAACGGCGUCGUCGCCUCGAAUCAUGGGACAAGCAAUUCCCGACUCUAUGAAGGCAAGGCGUUGGUGCAAUGUCACCACCGACACUAACGAUGACAUGACCAUUCAUCUACACUCGUCGUCGGCAGUGGCAGGUGGCAGCACCAUUUCUCCCCUUUCCCAUGAGGAGCAUACUGGGUUCAAGCACUUUUACGAAUAUGAGGAGGAGUCCAGCUCGGAAGAAGAGGACAUCGACGAGGAAGAGGACGACUUGGAAGAGUAUGCGCAGACGGUCGUGGUAAUCCGGAACGGAGAGGCCCAGUACACCAUUCAUCGAAUGCCGACGCCAACAAAGAGCCGAUCCAGCGGCGCCGACGACGACUCCAGUGUGGACGAGGAGGAUGGCGGUAGCCCUUGCAGCACCGAAUCUUCACGCUCUGUCUCUUCCGAAGAAUCCUUUGUUCUUCAUAAUGGACAGAGCAGCAAUGGCAAUCAUGUCUCCUUUCAAGAGCGCCUGGUCCAAAUGAAGAAGUACAAGAAACGCCACGGCGAACUCGCCAACUUUAGCGUCGGGGACCGCAAUCUGAGUCAGUUCAUCAGCAACCAACGAUGCAAGUAUCGUCAAGGCCUCUUGACUUCGAACAGAGUGAACCGCUUUCGAGAACUCAAGGUACCUGGAUUUGGCAAGAGGGGCGAUCCCAUGCCGAAGAAGAAGGGCGGAACUUCCAAAUCGAACCAGAGUGCGGAGAAGGAAACCAACACCAGUACCGAGUCUCGAAGCAAACGCAAAGCUCCUACGAAGGAAACCGCUGCCCCAAAGAGCCCAUCGUCAUCGGAAUCCAGAGAGCCGAAUGAAACCGUCGCCAAGAAGAGAAAGGCUGCACUUUGUUCACCCAUCAUCUGCGAUGCCACCGUCUCUGCAGAGCACCAGCAGGUUGCCAAAAAGCAGCGUGUCAGCCGCCGUCCCGGCCGUUUUACAGACGACGAAGCGCCGUCUCCUCCUGCAGUGGCAUCGCUACCCACAAGGCCAAAGCCGCAACCAAGGCCAAGCAACAAAAAGAAUCACGGCAAACGCGGCCAGCCGACUCUCUUUGUCAAGUUUGAAGAACGCAUUGCUCAAUUGCUCGACUACGAGAAGCGCCAUGGAAACAUGGCAGUUCCAGCCAACAAGAACAAAGACAGCGAUGGCGAACUCGGCCGGUGGUUGGCGGCCCAGCGAUCCUUGAAGCGCAAAGGAUUGCUCAAGGCAGAGAGAUUGCAAGAGCUUCGCCGCAUCAAGUGUGACAGCUUUUGUUGAACGCCUGUGUCCACUACUUUGUGAUGAUGAUGAACGUUGGUUUGUGCUCGGAAGAUCGGAUUCGAUUAAUUCGAGUGCUGUAGAAAGACAAUCAGUGGUACCGCAUAGUGCGAGCAACAUUGGGGUAUCGUCGAGUGGAGUGAGAUUCCAGCAGCCUGUCAGCGUGCGGAAGUGAUGCGGAACUUCCUGUAACUAUACCUGCGCUACUUUGCAGUCGGGAACGGCAACGUGGUGCUGUCUCAAAACGGUAUCAGCUAUGAUAGAUACUUGACAAGCAGGAAGCUAACUGGGAAAUAAACUGUGUACAAUAUUGUGGUAGCCCGGUAGCUAGCUAGAUCGUAAAUUGGACUAGAAAUAGCUAGAGCACUGGUGA